GAUCGAGGUCAGUCUCGGUGCACCCUGCGCCUGAUGCCCCUAUUUCGCGCGAAUGCUGGAUUCGGGAAGGCGGUAAGCCCGGCCCUGGGUUCUUGAGUUGUGAAGAUGUUGUGAAGAGCUUGAUGAAAGGAUACAAAGCCUAUUUCCGAAAUCCGGACGACCCAAAGGACGCCUCGUUCGACCCGCAUCCGACCGAUUAUCCCAGUGUAGAGCUAGAGUAUCCUAACAGCAACGCCAGCGAACGAUUCAUCCUUCUGGCACCCAAAGAUAAAGAUCAUUACAACCCCAUCAUGUGUCUGGAGAAGACACUGCAUGUUAUUGUAGAACACUACCUCAGUCCGGAGCAGCGGGUACUGGUGGGCCCGAUACCCACGGACAACAUUGCGGACGUCACACCACCCAGUUCACCCCUCCUGUCCGCGUUUCCUUCACCUGCCCAUUCCACUACAUCCACCCUGACGAGUCUGUCUUCGUCGAGUAGCUCGUCGUUAGGCUCAACCUUGACCAGUUUAUCAUCCCUCUCCGACAGCCCGCCACCGCCCGGGGGGUACCUCCGCGCCGUCCAGCGAGCGAUACACAGACAAGAUGGACCGGCAUUCUUGAAGGCGAUGGCGCACAUCAACGACCUCUUUGGAUCGUUCAAGUACCCGCCCCUUUCCCCUGAUCCCUUUGACGACGCGCCACCGAAUCCGCUGAAGGAGGUGGUGAAGACGUGGACACCAGGUGGAGUACCCAGAAAGGUCAUGAUGCGCAUCAUGGACGAGUGCUACCAGCGGUGUGUGGGCCCGCACGUCCAGUCCCUUCGGCAGUACACCGCGUUCUCAUCCGAGGUGUACGGCGAGCUCAUGCCGUCGCUCGUGGCCGAGAUCGUGUGCGCGACUGGUCUCAAGCCUGAGUCGCUGUUUAUGGAUCUGGGCUCUGGUGUGGGGAGUAUUGCCAUGCAGGCGAGUCUGCAGAGCGGGUGUAGAAGUUAUGGGAUCGAGGUCAUGCCGAAGCCGGCGAAGAUCGCGAGGGAGCAGCUCGAGCAGUUUAAGAUAAGGUGUAGGAUGUGGGGGGUGUCGGCAGGGGAGGUCGAGCUGGAGGAGGGGGAUAUGUUGAGGAGUGCGCGAGUGGACGCGUUGAUGAAGGAGGCGGAUGUAGUGCUUGUGAAUAAUAAGGUGUUUGAGGAGUCAUUGAACGAGGCUCUCAGACCGAAGUUUCUGGAUUUGAAGGAAGGGGCUAUUGUUGUUUCGUUGAAGGAGUUUGCGCCGGUUGACAGCAGGGUGACGGAACGCAACGUGGACGAUAUGAGCACGAUCUUCAAGGUGUACGCAAUGAAGUAUCACUCGGGCAGCGUAUCAUGGGGGAGUGGCGGCGGCCAGUACUAUAUCCACCGCGUAGAUCGCGAGGGGUACGCGGAGCUGGUGAAGAGCUUUCAUACAUCUCGCAGCUCAUCGCGGCCUGCACGCUCUAGAAGAUGAACAGACUAUCCUCCGGACACCUCUGCACUAUAUUCAUUCGAACUCGGGAUACCUACAUCUGUUAUCAUUAUUAUUGUAACCUUUCAAUGUGCUCUCUCCACGCUGUCAUUGCGUAUUUUAUUGCACUUGCUGACAUGUAAUUAUUGCACAUAGUAUUUGUAGCUUCUAGUGUAGUUUGGAUAAUGCACUUCAGAUCGGGGCA